CGAUCAAUAUUUAUGUGUAUGAAAAUAAUGAAACAAUAAAUGCAAAAAUCAAUUUAAAAAUCACCAACAAUUUGAUUGUCAUUUCCUCUCUCGUGUUAGGAUAACAAUCAAGGUAAGUUUGUUUAUCUACAAAGGGGAAAAUCAAAUUUCAUCCAAAUUGCGAUUAAGGUGAAGCUCCUUCUUCAAACUACCUGUAAGCAUCAUCAUCAUCUUCGGUCAACCAUUUUUUUUCUAUUCUAAGCAUUGGCCUAAUUUUAAUGUUCUUUUAUUCAUUUAUUGGUCGUUUAUCAUCAACAUAAGUUCACCUUUUUUGUUUACCUUUGUGUCUCUCUCAUUGGUCUUAAAAAAUGUUACGAAAACGGAAGGAUGGUAAACAAAUAGGUAAAUUGAUUGAUGGUAAACAAGCAAUUGAAUUUUCUGCAAAAUCUCAUCUUAAUUUUAUCACAUUAAUUGUUACAAUUAUCUUAAUUGUAACAAUAUUUACUGCAAGGAUUGAUUACAAAUUAACCAGUAAUCGCAAAAUAACAACAAGUGACAAUAAACCAAGAGUCUGGAUUGCUGGAAGAAAUAUGGAAUCUGGUUACUUAAAUCAUGUCAUUGAGGCUUUCGAUCGCCUUGGCUACCAAAGGGUCGAUGGAUUAACUCAAGAUUGGGAUGUCCUCUGGUCACACGAUUAUCCAUUUGGUAAAGAGUUUUUUACUUCACUUAAACCUCAUCAAAAAGUUAAUCACUUCCCCGGGUCAGGUUAUAUCACCAACAAAGUGAGUUUGGCAACGACUUCAAUGCCUCAUAUACCAAAAGCUUUUCAUCUUCCCAAAGAAAAGGAUAAGUUCAUUUCCUAUGCCAAUGCUAAUCCAGAUAGAUUAUGGGUGAAAAAGAGCAACAACCACCGAGGGAUUAGAGUUGAAAAAAUUGACCAAAUGAAUUUAGAUGAGACUGGACACUUUGUUCAAGAAUAUAUUCAAAAUCCACUUUUAAUCGAUGGAAAGAAAUUUGACAACUUAUUCGAAAUGGUUCGAUUGAUUUUUUUUAUUUUAUUAAUCGAUGAAAAUUUCAUAUCAACUCGAGGAUAUUUUGUUUCCACUCAACAAUUAAACUAAUUGGUAUUUAAAGAAACCGGGUAAACGAUUCGGUUACCUUGAUAACCGAAGUGAAGAAAUGAAAUUGGCAGUCAGGCCUGACACAUGAACGGAGCCGGUGGGUGAACAGUAGAUGUCUCUAGUCAUGAACGAGAUGUGAUUGGCCACAACGUGUUGUCCGAUUUACCAUUUUCUCGGAAAGUUUUGAACGAACCGUUUGAGUUGUGACACUUUUUGAUUGUUUUAA